AGCGAAGCGAAAUAAUAAAAUAUAAAUAACAAACUUUGUUACCCGGCGGGACUCGAAUUUUGUCCCACCAGCCACAAACUGUAGGCACGUUCCACAGCGUUCCAUGAAGGGGAGGAGGGAAAGCACCGCCUCAGCGACUGGAGGGGGUGUGGCUGGUCCUGCUGCUAAGUCCAGAAAACAACUUGGCACAAGUCGAGACUACUGCCGCUGCUCGCAGCCCGGACCUCGCGUCCGCUCCGAUAGCAGUUUCCCAUCGCGGUAUCUUGACUAUGUCCUUCUCUACAGGUUCCGUAUUGGUGAAAAAGCAAAUCUUUAUUGGGACGCAUGAUUAUGCGUACAGAUAAGAAUUCUUAUCUUUGACGUUGAAAUUCGACAUCUUCCAGAAGGAAAUAAAUAAAAGUGCCCUUUCCUUCUUCUUUCGCCAUGUCAGUUUACGAGGCUGCAAAGCUGGCAAACACGCUAGGAUUCGCCCUCAUGCCGGUGGCCACCAUGCCGACGGUCGGCUCCACGGCGAGUUUAGUGCCAAUCCUGGGCACCGUGCUGGACAUGGCGAACUGCGUGUUGUCGUCGGCAUGGCAGCCAGACCUGAAAAUGGCUCUUUCUCUGGUGCUCCGUGCGUUUCUGGACGCCUAUCUGCUGUUCCUGUGGAUCCAACAGUCACGGAUAAACAGCCCAAUAUCUGCCGCUAGACCCGGCUCUCUGCCCCGUCAAAACCGCUUCUUUUUCACGCCCAGCUCAAUUCCCGCAAACAGGACAGAGACAAUAGACCAUCUGCCACUGUGCAACAACGACAGCAACCUUGUGAUAUCGGGAAGUUACCCUCCGAAACACAAACCGCAAACAGCGCCUGUCCUGGCCGCGCUUCUGGCCGUGUCGCCUGUGCCGUCAAACGCAAGCCCACUAUCUUACAGCCUGCAAAACUCGCCGCCCAUACCUGCCGGAACACCCGCGCAGAUCGGCAUGGUGCUCGUGGUGGCCACCAAGCUAGCAGAGUGCUACAGCACGUACUUCUGUGGCAGGAAACCGUACCAGAAUGUCGGAGAGACGGUAGCUGUGCUCGUUGUUAUGACAACACAUUGGGGGUUUGGUUAUUUAUUCGAUUCUGUCGCACUGCUUGCUGUGGUGCAGGCCCUCAACAUUGUCGCCGUUCUGGGGUUGUUUUUCGUACCAAAACAGAAUCACGGCGCCCUGGCCAAGGCCCAAUACGGAUCGUUGGACAUGUCCGACUCACACGCAGGUCUGUACGACUCUUUCGGCAUCUCCUCCGUUGACAAAGACCAAACGGUGCACACGGUUGAGCAGCUCUGAAAAAUCGCCAAAACCAUGCACAGCCAGGAUGUUUAUUUUGGUGUUCGAUGGAAAAAAAUUUAGUUAGGUCUUGACGUUGACAUGUUGAGUGUGUUUGAAUAUCCAAAGUUGCUUGCGCAGCUCGAGGUGAGUAGAAUAUGUGCACAGUAACAAACUAACGCCAGAAAAUCGUGGUAUACGUGGAGGGCGAGUUAGGCUCGGAAAACGCAGCAGUGCAAAACUUCCGAGCCGAGGCCUCGAGGUUCGCCGAGCUUUACGGCCGCACAAACGAUUUGCGCAUCCUGGCGGCUGUUCCGAAGUCACACGAUCAGUCUGUUGACCCCAAGAUCGCCGAGCUGUGCGAGUUGGACCAACUGCAAACCAGAAACGACUCCAUGCGCUUCAUGCUCAAGCUCGAGGUCGUCAAGAGAGAAAUAGUAAAGCUAGUUGGAGGAGACUGCGACUUGAUUGGCGCCUUCAAGAAUGUUUGGCGACAGCUCGGUAAAUAGACUUCUAAUCUUUGAGAAUAUCCUUAAUUGACCAAUCUGAGUUGUCCAAAGGACACGAGUUUCUUUUCUGGAUCCAUGUAUCGAUGCAGUGAAGGUGGAACGAGUGGUUGCACACUCCCACAGCGCGCGGACACUUUGUGUGGGUUGCUGUUCUCGAGUUUGCGCCAAAGUUCGGGUUAUUGCCGCAGUCGAUACACGGUUCCAUCAGGUGGUUUCUACAGAUAGCACAAGUCUCGUUGUUCUGAUCCCAGGUCCAGAAGGCCACUGCGGUCCACUUUUUGACCUCAAAGCGCUUUUUCUUGGCUUGUUGAGGCGCUGGCGCAGGCAAAUCAAUAUCC